UUUGCAUCGUUUCUAAACAUACUGCAUGCUACUGGCUAAUGAUUUGUUUAACCCUGUAUAUUUUUUCUCUCAUCGUUACAGUAUCGAUUCUCGAAACCUCGUCUCGUUCAAGAAAACUCCUGGCAUAAGCCUUGCCCCCUGCCAGUGAACCCACAGCAAACUCUUCACCGCCGCACCGCCGACCCACGGUAUUCUUCGCCGCCGCCGAACAAGUACUCCAUAGGCGACUCUUCUCUCAUCUCCCAGAUUUAUUUGAUUUCUCAACGCAGUUUCGCAUUUUUUAGUAUAUAGAGGAAGAGGAAGAGGAAGCGAGAGAGAGACAUAUAAGAGGGGAAAUGCUUGAGGGACUUGUUCGGCAACUACUCUUGGGAUAUCUUGGCCGAUACGUCAAAGAUAUUCAGAAAGAACAGCUUAAAAUCACCCUGUGGAACGAGGAAGUAUUGUUGGAGAAUGUAGAGCUUAUUCUUGAAGCCUUUGAUUAUCUGCAGUUGCCAUUUGCUUUAAAGCAAGGUCGGCUUGGGAGGUUAAGCAUUAAAAUUCCAUGGAAAAAGCUUGGAUGGGACCCCAUCAUUAUUAUUUUAGAGGAUGUAUUUGUUUGUGCAUCCCAGCGGGAUGAUCAUGAGUGGAGCUUGGAUGCUGCUGAGAAAAGAGAAUUUGCUGGAAAAAAGGCUAAACUCGCUGCAGCUGAGCUUGCCAAAUUAUCAAGAUGCGUAUGUGAUAAUCAGGCUGGACAAACAUUUAUCUCAUACCUUACUGCGAAGAUUCUUGACAGCAUCCAAGUCUCCAUCAGAAAUCUUCAUGUCAUGUACCGUGAUAUGCAGAGUGACUUAGAUCACAUUAUGUUGGGGUUGAAGUUUUCCAGCUUGACGAUAAUGAAGCAUCGGUCCUAUAGUGGAUGGGCAAGGGGGGGCCAAGUCAACAAAGUUGUGGAGAUAAUGGGUUUUGAAAUUUAUUGUAGCACAUUUCAAGGAAACCUGGACUUGAUGACUCUGAAUAAUACUGGGAACUCCAACUUGGUUGAUGAAGGGUCUGGAGGAAAAUGUUUUGACUCCUUAUUUGCACCUUGUGAUGUAUCAUUGUCGCUUUUGGUUAACAGAUCAGGAAAGUUUGAUAAAGAUGCUCCACAAUAUUCUAUCACCGCUGAGUUAACUGACUUGGUUAUCUCAUUGAAUGAGGUCCAGUUACAGCAAAUUUUGGUUCUCUGGGAUUAUUUAGGCACAUGUCGAUUGAGGGAGAAGUAUGGACGUUAUCGUCCCUGGUGUUGUCCUUUAUCAAAAAAACUGGAGGGUUGGCAGAUAUUGUGGUGGCAGUAUGCACAGGAAUCUGUCCUAUCCGACAUUCGUAAGAAAUUAAAGAAAACUUCAUGGAGAUACCUUGGACAGCGGCUAAGUUAUCGCCGGAAAUAUGUAAAUCUGUACAGAACUAAAUUGGAGUUUCUUCGACAAGAACAGUCAAUUGAUGUAGAUAUAAUUCGGGAAUUGGAGCAAAUGGAGAAAGAAUCAGAUAUUGAUGAUAUUUUAACUUAUAGAACUGCUGCCGAACGUGAACUGGAGGAAUUUUCCUCGAAGUCUUGCACAUCCAGCAUGGGAAUGAAUGAUUCUGGUAUUAGUGUGGAGAAGUCACGAAAUGAUGACUAUUCAAUAGGCAAAUCCCAAGGAUGGUUAAAUUGGCUCUCUCGUGGUAUGCUUGGUGCUGGAGGAACAGAUGAUUCUAGUCAAUUCUCUGGUGUUGUUUCUGAAGAACUUAUAAAGGAUAUUUAUGAAGCAACCGAAUUCCGUCCUAGUCUUUUAUCCAACGGUGAUGAUGUUGCGAAUGAUAAAACCUAUCUGUUUGCAAUCAAGUUCAGCAUUUGUCAGAUUUCUGCAACACUGAAAAGCAUGAAGUGCAGGCAAGGAGUUGCUGAUUUAUUUCUUCAUGGAGUAACUAUUGAGUGUAAACUUUGCAAUGAAUGUGCAACCAUCACUGCCGUGGUUGAGUCGGGGGAGAUGGUUUAUCCAUGUAGCAAGAAAGUCAUUCUACUUAUGAAAAUGCCCAUUUUUGAGGAAGUAGUACUGGAUAGUAAGCAUCCCUCCUGUACCAUCCAGGUGGAUGUGACACCCGACCGUGACGUUGAAUUGUCGGUAAAGGGCAUGUUUCAGCCACUUGAAGUUACUUUUGAUGCAGAAUGCCUUGCGAGUUUCAUGAAUUUCUUUGAUGUGUUAAAAUCCAUAAGUUUUCAGCAUGAAAGGGUCCUCUCUUCACUCAAUGGUUUUGAAAAUGUCAGUGCUAGACUCUUAUCGAAAGCUGAAUAUGUUUUAUCAAGUCGUAAGAAAGUGAAGUGGGAUAUCAGUAUCGUCAAUAUCAUCCUAAAUGUUCCUUGGAGAAUUUCUGAGGAAUUUAACUUGGUACUUGCAGUUGGGGCUCUUCUUUUCAUAUCCAAACCUGUGGAACAACCUAGUAACCUGAAAAAUUUCUUGAAUUCAACUCCCACCUCUAACUUAUCUUUGAGCAUCAAUCUUCCAGAUCUUUACGAUCACUUUGAAGUCAAACUAAAUGAUUUCGAGAUGAAGAUAAGUACGCCUAGUCAUACUCAAACAAUCCUUGAGAAAUGUUGUCCUUCUAUUACUGUCAUAUCUUGCGCUAUCCUAGAUGAAUCUAUAUUCAAACAGUUGGAGGUGUAUAUUGUAGUAUCUUCACUUCAUGCAUGCUUGUCUCCAUGGAUAUAUGGUGCAGCUCUGGAAUUAAUUGCACAUCUAAGUACUCUGCAUUCAAAGUCUGAGUAUGUGACAUCAGAAACUCUGGAUCCACUUAAUAUGGCAUCAAAUGGAUGGAUGACUCCUUAUUUUGGUUUCUCUUUUGGUGCGAAUUUGGAGUCGGUUAGUUUACAAGUUGAUCUUGCAAAUAAUGGAGAUACCAGUGCUGCACUCAUGCUUGUUCUGCAAGACUUAGAUAUACAGUAUGCUUCUACAAAGUUUGAGGAAUGCCGGAUCUGUAUGAAGGCAUUGGAGAUCGCCACAUAUCCAUUGAGAGGCCAAGGGGAGCGCCAUGUUCUAUUUUCAUGUGCGAAUACAUCUUCUACAAGUUCUGUUUAUCGGCAUGAUACUGACAUUGGCAUUGAUGAUGGAAGUAAUAAUGCUGAUGACAUAAAUUUAUCAAUGGAAGGAUGCUUUCUUUUACAUUAUGAAUCUCCUAGAACAGAAUCACUUUGCCACAAGUGUACUGUUUGCUUGAAUGAUGCUGACCUCCACUGCUACCCCUAUAUAAUUGGAUUGCUGGUCGGAUUUGUUGAUAAGCUGUCUGUUUAUGGUAAAGCUUCCGAUGGUGCUGAUAGCACAACAGUAGAUGCUGAAGUUCGAAAUACCAUGACUGGCUUUGGUUUUCAAAGAUUUGGUUUCUCGAACUUUUUUGAAACUGGGUCAUCUGAAUAUGCGAGUAUUCCAUUAUAUCACUUUCCGUUUGUAACUAUUUCCAACUCUGGUCCUAUUGCUAGCCUUGAGAGUUCACUUCUUUAUCCCAAUUCUGAGUGGAGGAAACAUCUGAAUCUUAGGAAUAGAAAAUUCAAAAGUCCAAAGUUCAGUAUAGAGGUGAGGUCUAAACUUUUUCAUGCCCCGCCAUCAAUAUCCACACCUGGUAGUGAAGCAUUUCAUGUGUGUGGAACUUCCAUUGUCACUGAUCCAUUUGUUGUUGAUUUACAUUUCUGUCGAAUCAGAGUGCAUUUUCAUGAUUCCUCCUGCAUUAUUGGAACUGUUACACUACCAGUUUCUCAGUCUUCAUUCUUUAUUGAAGAAAAUUCUAUGGAUAUUUUGUGCUCUACAGAGGGAUUGACACUUUCCUCGUCUUGGUGUACACAAAAUUUCCAUGAGUUUGUAUGGGGCCCAUCAUUACCAAAUCUAUCUCCCAUUUUGAACAUGCGUGUGAGGCAGGAAAAAAGUACAUCCUUGAGAUCUAGCUUUGAAGUAAGCAUCAGCAUUCAGCAUGUGUAUUGCGUUUUACCAGCUGAAUAUUUGGCUAUAAUCAUUGGUUACUUUUCAUUAUCUGACUGGAGUUCAAAUGUAAAUAAUCAGCCUGUUACUGGAGGCCAUGAGUACAUUGCUACUGGGAAUGAGAGCUCCGUUGUAUAUAAGUUUGAGAUACUGGAAUCCACUUUGAUUUUGCCAGUGGAAAGCAAUGAGCUUCAGUUUUUGCAGGUUGAUAUUCGACAGCUGUUUUGUAGUCUCAUCAAUGAUAGCAUUCCAGAUAAUGUAUUGGAGGAAAUUCCUCUGGAGUAUGUGGUUCCAGCGCAUAAACUUGCUAGAAGUAAUCAGUGUUUAAAUGUCUUUGGACGGGACAUGCUCUUAUCAUUUCUGCUGUUCAAGGAUGAUGGUUAUGGUUGUUCAACAUUAGCUCAAACUACUGAUUGUGUACGGAUUACUUUAGUUUCAUCCCUGAGUGCUGAUGUUUGGGUUACAAUACCCUGUAAAAGGGAAUCCCCUUCUAGAAGUUCUCCAUCAGCCACAUGUGUCAUGACAAGGAUCCUAAAUUGUCAAAUUAUGGCUGAUGAUGGGCACUGUCUUGAUGGAUUUGAGGCUCUACGGCAUGUCAUAAAUCAAUUUUCCUUGGUACAUGAUCAAUCAAAAGGAUUCAAGUCUGAUGUUCUACUGUUUCUUCAGUUAAAAAGGUGUCGAAAACAGAUUAGUGCAGUUUCACCUGUUGGCUCUAGCAUGAUAUUCACAGAAGUUAGUUGUUAUGUUAAUUCAUUGUUAAUAAAAUUGCAUCACUGUGAAAAUGAUUCACUGGAACUGGUUGCCAAGGCUGACAUGCGAUUUUCAUGCUCUGCAUCGUUGAAAAAUGGUGCUCUCUUAAGCCUGGGUCUUACUUUCUCUUCCUUGGAGUUAAAAUCUUUGCCUAAUACCCUCAUAUUAGCGCAAUGCACCUUGACAUGUCCACCCUCACAUGUUCUUGAAAUUUCUCUUUCCAAAUCAAUUCAUGAAGAAAAUGAACUUUGUGUUUCUCUUCCAUCUCUUGAUAUUUGGCUACAUUUAUCUGAAUGGACCAAGGUUCUUGACCUUAUCAACUCAUAUGCCAGACAACUAACCAAAACCACACUCCUUGAGCCAUUGUCAAAGAAUUUGACCAAUCCAUUAAAAAAUGAUGCAGUUGACGUUUCAACAUCUUCUCAUUCUGCUAGUAUUUCAACUCAGGCUCCAUCAGUAAAUGUGAAUAGGGACCCUGUUUUUCUGGUUGUAAGGUCUGAAAAUGUCGGCAUUACAUUUAAUGUCCCUUUGUGGGUGAGCAAAGAAGCAUGCAGGAAACUUCAACUAACCUAUGAUUACUGGAAAAGACCGCAGAAUGGUUCAUCUGAUGUGCUUGAAGAAAAGGACUGUAAAUUCAUUGCUGUGAACUUGUAUAGUAAAAGCACACUACUCUUUAUAAACAACCAGAAUAUAAAAAUUAAGUCCAGCUUUGAAAAAUUGAGUGGCACAGUGUUAGUAUGUAACAUCAAGAGUGUUCCAUCUUGGCCUCUCUUCCAGAUAUAUCAGGUUGAUGUGAAAGCCGAGAUUAGUUAUAAUCAUAAGGAACUUGUGCAUGUUGAAGCAGAGAUUGUGUGCGACCGUUCAGAUGUGUGGCUUUCACAUCGCAUCUUCUAUUUGUUGGGUGGUGUGCGUUUCAAUGUUCCCGAAGCGGCAUCUUCUGAGUUUGCAUAUGGUGGGGCAUGUUUUAAGGCUCACUUAAGGAAGGUCUCACUCCUGCUAAGCGAUGGAAGGUGGAGUUGUGGUGGACCUUUGUUGGAAGUUCUUUUGAGGAAUGUCAUACUGCAUGCUAAUGUGACUGAAAACAACAUUGAGAUUUCAGUCACUACCGAGUUUCAAGUGAACUACAAUAACAUUCACAAGGUAUUGUGGGAGCCUUUUAUUGAGCCUUGGCAGUUUCAGAUGGCUGUGAUUAGAAAGUUUGAGAUGAGUGCUUUGCUUAACAGCUUCAUAAUGACUGAAAUCCAACUGAAGUCAACAGGGCAGCUUAACUUGAACUUUACAGAAUCCCUUAUUGAGUGUCUUUCCAGGACAAUUGAGAUGAUUGAGGAUGCUUGGGAUCUGACGGAACCGGAUGAUCAUCCUGAAAGCCUGAGAUUCUUAAAUUCCCCAUUUAGUAAAUAUAUGUCUGACGGAAAGUAUGCUCCUUAUAUACUUCAAAAUCUGACUUCUGUGCCUCUAUUAUAUCAUAUUUACCGGGGGCUGGUUAAUUUGGAUGAGUUUGAGACCUCAGAAGUGAGAGAUGGAAAUUAUGUGAAACCAGGUUGUUCUCUUCCUAUUUAUAUUGAUGAAACUCCUGAAGAACAAUUUCUUCGUUUUAGGCCAGCCCAUUCUUCUGAUAGACUUAAUGAGCAGAAAUCAAAUGGGGUUGCUCAUCAUUUUAUUACCAUUCAGCUCGAGGGAACAUCUGUUCCUUCGGCUCCAAUUUCAAUGGAUCUUGAGGGACUUACCUACUUUGAGGUUGAUUUUUCCAAGACAUACAAUGAAGAAACCGAUGAAAAUGCAACAUAUACCCACAGUGGUUUUGUAGUUCCUGUUGUGGUUGACGUUUCAGUGCAGCGCCAUUGCAAGUUAUUACGGCUAUACUCAACAGUUGUACUUUCAAAUGCAACUUCAACACCUUUGGAACUGCGAUUCGAUAUUCCAUUCGGCGUAUCACCAAAGAUAUUGGACCCAAUAUAUCCUGGUCAGGAGUUGCCACUGCCUCUACAUCUGGCUGAAGCCGGUCGCAUGAGUUGGCGCCCAAUUGGAAAUUCUUACUUAUGGAGUGAAUAUUAUAAUCUCUCAAACCUCCUUUCACAGGAUAACAAAAUUGGAUUUCUUAAAUCUUUUGCGUGCUAUCCACUUCAUGCAAGUGGCGAUCCAUUUCGCUGUUGUGUAUCAGUCAGAGAUAUCGGCUUGCAUUCCUCAAGUCGGUUAAAGAAGACUGGUCAAAUCUUGCAUAAUCUGGAUGACUCAAAGAAGCGAUUUGUUCACCAAGUGACGCUUAAUACUCCAUUAGUAGUGAACAGCUACCUUCCCGAGGUAGUUUCAUUGACAAUAGAAAGUAGUGGAGUUACUCGUACUGCAUUUCUUUCAGAGCAGGUGGCAACUUCCUUUCAUCAUAUUGAUCCAUCACAUGACCUUGGAUUGGAAAUCCAUAUGCAACGAUUCAAACCAUUGGAUUUGAAGUUCCCUCGAAUGGAAAAAUUCUGUGCAAUGGCCAAGUUCAGUGGGACCAAGUUUUCACUGUCUGAAUAUGUGACCUUUUAUCCAGAUUUGUCAAAUGGUCCCAUAUAUGUGACUGUGGAGAAAACAAUUGAUGCAUUCUCUGGUGCCAGGGAACUCUUCAUUUUCGUUCCCUUUUUGUUAUAUAAUUGUACUGGUUUCCCCCUCUUGGUAUCACAUUCUGCUGAUGACAUGAAUGGAAGGGGCUUCAUUAUUCCUUCCUGCUAUGAUUUGGUUGAACAUGAACUACUACUGGGCAAAAAAGAUGGUCUCAGCCUGCUAUCUCUGAAUCAAGAGCCACAUGCUAUGGCUCCACCUAGUUCGUUGAGUUCUUCCUCAAAGAAUCGCAUCAUCUCAACUAGGGAGAAUGUAAAUUUACGCUCGGCUAGAUUUCAUAGCAAACCUUUUAUUUCAUCUGAUUCCCUCUCAAAUUCUCACAAUAUGUUGGAUAAAAUUGAUUUGGAUGGUCAAAAAGCUUUUCUAAACAGUCCAUCGACUUCAAGCAAUCCCAACUCUGCGGGACAUGAGCAUGGAAGCGUUAGGGCAUGCAUGUAUUCUCCGUUUCCUUUUUCCUCUACAAAUGAAGUUAUGGUUAGAGUAAGUAGGUGCGUACCUGAAUGUGUUUCAGAAACCAUGCCAAAUUCUUUGUGGUCAAGUCCCUUUUUUCUUCUUCCACCAAGUGGUUCAACUACUAUUCUUGUUCCCAAAUCAUCAUCAAAUGCUGCAUUCAUGAUAUCCCUGACAUCUAGUGCAGUUGCUAGACCACUUGAUGGGAGGACGAAUGCCAUUACUUUCCAGCCUAGAUAUGUUAUCAGUAAUGCUUGUAAUAAGGACUUGUGUUAUAAGCAAAAGGGAACUGAUUUUGUCUUCCGUUUGCGCAUUGGAGAACAUGCACAUCUUCACUGGACAGAUGCUACCAGGGAGUUACUGGUUUCCAUUCGUUAUAAUGAACCUGGAUGGCAAUGGUCCGGCGGUUUCUUGCCAGAUCAUCUAGGUGAUACUCAAGUCAAAUUGCGGAAUUACGUCUCCAAUGCAUUGAAUAUGAUACGGGUUGAAGUGCAGAAUGCUGAUGUUUCCAUUGGAGAUGAGAAAAUUGUUGGAAGCCUCCAUGGAAGUUCUGGGACAAACUUGAUUCUUUUAUCAGAUGAUGACACAGGGUAUAUGCCAUACAGAAUUGAUAAUUUCUCAAAGGAGAGGCUACGGAUCUACCAGCAAAAAUGUGAGACUUUUGAGACUAUUGUUCACUCUUAUACAUCUUGCCCUUAUGCCUGGGAUGAACCCUGCUACCCACACCGUCUAGCUGUGGAGGUACCUGGAGAGCGUGUUCUGGGGUCAUAUUCUCUUGAUGAUGUCAAAGAGUACAAGCCUGUAUACUUACCAUCAUCCUCUGAGAAGCCUGAGAGAACAUUGCAUUUGUCAGUCCAUGCGGAAGGGGCAACCAAGGUCCUCUGUGUUAUUGAUUCAAGUUACCACAUAUUGAAUGACAUCAAGAAUUCAAGUGUCUAUCACUUUAGAGAAAAAAGGAAACAUUCUCAGAAACAUGAAAAGCUUGUUGAUUACAAGGAAAAAAUAUCUUUUGUUAUUCCACAUGUUGGUAUCUCCUUGAUUAAUCAUGGCCCACAGGAAUUGCUUUUCGCUUGUGCAAAGAAUUUAACAGUCGAGCUGCUACAGAGUUUGGAUCAGCAGAAGCUUUCCUGUCAAAUCUCAUCAUUGCAAAUAGACAACCAGCUGCGCACUACCCCAUAUCCGGUUAUCUUGUCCUUUGACCGUGAACCAUUGGCUUCUGAAAACUCUUGCGAACCCGUAUUCUACCUAGCUGUGUCAAAGUGGAGGAAGAAAGAUAUUUCAUUGGUGUCAUUUGAAUAUAUAAGCCUAAGAGUAGCAGAUUUCCACCUUGAGCUUGAGGAAGAAGUGAUACUGAGCUUGUUUCACUUAUUCAAAAAUGUGUAUUCAAGGUCCCAAUAUAGAGUCUUGCCAUUUUCGGAUCCCUUACUUCAUCCUCAUAUCUAUGAUAUGCGUUUGGUGAAGGAAUCCUUGGCAGAUGUUCAGAAAAUUGAGUACUUGAAUGUAAGGGAGGAUCGCCUCCUAUCAAUGUAUGUUCCUGUGUUUAAUGAAAACAAUAGGGGCAGUCUUUCAUUACCUUCAGUAGUUCCAAUUGGAGCUCCUUGGCAGCAAAUUUAUCUUUUGGCGAGAAGACAGAAGAAAAUCUAUGUUGAAGUGUUUGAUGUGGCCCCCAUCAAGUUGACGUUAAGCUUUUCCAGCUCUCCAUGGAUGCUCAGAAAUGGGGUUCUUUCCUCUGGAGACUCUCUCAUCCAUAGAGGCAUUAUGGCUCUUGCUGAUGUGGAGGGAGCACGUAUUCAUCUCAAACAACUGACUAUUGCGCAUCACAUGGCUAGCUGGGAAUCCAUUCAGGAGAUCGUUAUCAGGCAUUACACUCGGCAACUUCUUCAUGAGAUUUACAAGGUGUUUGGUUCUGCUGGUGUUAUUGGUAAUCCCAUGGGAUUUGCAAGGACGCUUGGGCUUGGGAUCAAGGAUUUCUUAUCAAUGCCAGCCAGGAGUAUUUGGCAGAGCCCUACUGGACUUAUUACUGGCAUGGCACAAGGUAGCACUAGUCUUCUGAGUAACACGGUGUAUGCUAUAAGUGAUGCUGCCACUCAGUUCAGUAAAGCUGCGCAAAAGGGUAUUGUUGCAUUUACAUUUGAUGACCAAGCUGUUUCAACAAUGGAAAAGCAGCAGAUGAAUGCUGCAUCACAUAGUAAAGGUGUGAUAAAUGAAGUCUUGGAGGGACUCACUGGCCUUCUCCAGUCACCGAUUAAAGGAGCUGAGAAACACGGCCUUCCUGGUGUUCUAUCAGGAAUAGCUUUAGGAGUCACUGGACUUUUGGCUAAGCCAGCAGCUAGUAUCCUUGAAGUUACUGGAAAAACUGCACAGAGUAUCAGAAACAGAAGUAGGCUACAUCAAUUGGGGCCACAGAGCUUUAGGGCCCGUCUUCCAAGGCCUCUAAGCAUGGAAACUCCCCUGAGACCCUACUCUUGGGAAGAAGCAGUUGGAACAUCAGUACUUGUGGAGGCUGACAGUCGUUUGAAGCUCAAGGAUGAGGUCUUAGUCAUGUGCAAAGCACUUAAACAAGUUGGUAAGUUUGUUAUCCUCACCGAGAGAUUUGUAUUAAUUUUUAGUUGCCCCAGCUUGGUGGACCUGGGAAAGCCUGAAUUUCGAGGCAUUUCUGCUGAUCCGGAAUGGGUGAUGGAAUCACAAAUUGGUUUGGAGAGUAUAAUACAUGCUGAUACCGAUCAAGGAGUGAUACAUAUUGUCGGCAGUCCGGAUACCGUAUUGAGGCAGAACCAGCAUCGGCCCCGGAAAGGCAGUGGAACAAUGACUGUGCGAUGGGAUAAUCCUCCUAAUACUCUUCCUCUUUUUCAGACGAAUUUAGAACUGGCAAGCGAGGAAGAUGCAGAAAACUUAUUACAGAUUUUGUUAUCUUUGAUUGAACUUGGGAAAGAGCGAGGCUGGGGUUAUGGGCAUCUUCUGCAUCAAAGUAAUAUCAAAUAGCUUGGAUGUGAUCAUGUAGAGCGCAUUUAUAUGGGGUACUAUGAAAGAUUGGAUUCAUUGCAAGGCCUGGCGCCUGCUACACACUUGCCUCGUCCCCACUCUGCUCAAACAGUUGGAGAGAGAACCAGUAACCAAACGUUAAAUAACUGAUCCAUUGAUGCCCUAACUGAAAUGCAGCUUUAAUAGCACGUUUAGCACACUGCGAUAUUUUUUUGUGUACCGUGUUGUAUACUUUGUAUAGUGGCCAUCCCUUUUCCUUUUUUUCUUUUAAAUACUUUGGUAGGCAAGUUUUACGAAUUCUAGGCUUCCUGUACAGUAUCAUCGUGAACUUUUGGCUAUUUUAUCCCUUUAUUUAUACAUGUAAAUAUAGAAUUAAGGCGCAAA